UUUGCCGAGGGAGAUAGCUGCGCAAAUUUUUCUCUUCCUCAAUUGAUAUUGUUCAGUAUUAUCAGCUAUGUAGCCAGCCCUGUCAUAUCAGCAUUUUUAAUUUGUAGUUUUGCUUUGUAAAUCGAGUUAACGAGUAGAUGCUGUAAUUUCUAACUAUUGCUAUAGAGACAAGAGUAUGCUGGCUUGCUAGCUUGCUAGCUAGCGAUAGCUAGUCUGCUUGCCUUGCUGCCAACACCUAGCUUAGGUAAUUAGUGAAAUAUUGCUAGCUAACAAUCUAACUAAUUAGACAACUAUUACUAGUAAAACAGAUAAUCCUACAUUUGACGAGUCACACAAAUAUUUAGCCAGACGUGUUGGCAGACCACAGUUAAUAUUCAUUGUGCAGACCGAGUCCUGUUAUGCUGAACUUGAAUGUCAUGGUUUCCUGGAACCAUGUCUUGUAAAUCCAAAGUUGCCCCGAGUGUUGACUUUGACCACAGCUGUUCGGACAGUGUUGAGUAUCUUACACUAAACUUUGGGCCAUUCGAGACCGUCCAUCGCUGGAGACGACUUCCACCGUGUGACGAAUUUGUGGGUGCAAGACGCAGCAAGCACACUGUGGUGGCCUACAGGGAUGCAAUUUACGUGUUCGGCGGAGACAAUGGGAAAAACAUGCUGAAUGAUUUGUUGCGGUUUGACGUGAAAGACUGCUCCUGGUGCAGGGCUUUCACGACUGGGACACCCCCUGCGCCGAGGUAUCACCAUUCUGCUGUGGUGUAUGGCAGCAGCAUGUUUGUUUUUGGUGGGUACACUGGGGACAUCUACUCAAACUCUAACCUGAAGAACAAAAACGACUUGUUUGAGUACAAGUUUGCAACAGGACAGUGGACAGAGUGGAAGGUGGAGGGCAGGUUGCCCGUGGCCAGAUCAGCACAUGGGGCCACAGUCUAUAAUGAUAAGCUUUGGAUUUUUGCUGGAUAUGACGGGAAUGCUAGGUUAAAUGAUAUGUGGACCAUCAGUCUUCAGGACAGAGAGCAAGCGUGCUGGGAGGAGAUUGAGCAGAGUGGAGAGAUCCCACCUUCUUGCUGUAAUUUCCCUGUAGCUGUGUGUCGGGACAAGAUGUUUGUGUUCUCAGGACAAAGUGGCGCCAAGAUCACCAACAAUCUCUUCCAGUUUGAGUUCAAGGGCAACAUGUGGACCCGCAUCCCAACAGAACACCUGCUGCGGGGCUCCCCCCCGCCCCCCCAGAGACGCUACGGACACACAAUGGUGGCCUUCGACCGGCACCUCUAUGUCUUUGGGGGAGCGGCUGACAACACCCUUCCCAAUGAACUGCACUGCUAUGAUGUGGACUCCCAAACCUGGGAGGUCAUCCAGCCUAGUCUUGACAGUGAGGAUCCCUAUGGAAACGAGAUGACUUCAUCUCCAGGGUUUAUCCUGAUGCCCAGCGGACGACUCUUUCACGCGGCCGCGGUCAUUCAUGACGCCAUGUACAUCUUUGGAGGCACCGUGGACAAUAAUGUGCGCAGUGGCGAGAUGUACAGAUUCCAGUUCUCCUGCUACCCAAAAUGUACGCUUCACGAAGACUAUGGCAAACUGUGGGAAAACCGACAGUUCUGUGAUGUGGAGUUUAUACUGGGGGAGAGGGAGGAGCGAGUGCUGGGCCACAUUGCCAUAGUGACAGCGCGGUGCCGGUGGCUGAGGAAGAAGAUCUUGCAAGCGAGAGAGAGGCAGAAGCAGCAGAAGAGUAAGCAAGAGGGCAGUGAGGACAGCGAGGAGGGUGCGGCAGGUGUACAGAAAGAGGGUCCGGGCACGUCCAGGGCGUCCGGGGCCCAGCCUCUGCUGGAGGUCAGCAUCCGUGAGGCGGAGGCCCAGCCCUUUGAGGUGCUCAUGCAGUUCCUCUACACAGACAAGAUCCAGUACCCUCGCAAAGGUCAUGUUCAAGAUGUCCUCCUGAUCAUGGAUGUUUAUAAACUUGCCCUGAGUUUCAAGCUGUCGCGCCUGGAGCAGCUGUGUGUACAGUACAUCGAGGCGUCAGUGGACCUCCAGAACGUUCUGAGCGUGUGUGAGAACGCCAACAAGCUCCAGCUGGACCAGCUCAAAGAACACUGCCUUAACUUUGUGGUGAAGGAGACGCACUUUAAUCAGGUGAUCAUGACCAAGGAGUUUGAGCACCUCUCCACGCCUCUCAUUGUGGAAAUCGUUCGCCGGAAACAGCAGCCACCCCCCAGGGUUUACUCUGACCAGCCUGUUGACAUAGGAACAUCUCUGGUGCAAGACAUGAAGGCCUACUUGGAAGGGGCUGGCCUGGAGUUCUGCGACAUCACCCUGCUUUUAGACGGACACCCCCGGCCUGCCCACAAAGCCAUUCUAGCUGCUCGUUCCAGCUACUUCGAGGCCAUGUUCCGAUCCUUCAUGCCCGAGGAUGGCCAGGUGAACAUCUCCAUUGGCGAGAUGGUUCCCAGCAAACAGGCCUUUGAGUCCAUGCUGCGCUACAUCUAUUACGGUGAUGUCAACAUGCCUCCCGAGGACUCACUUUAUCUGUUUGCUGCUCCAUAUUACUACGGCUUCUCCAAUAACAGACUGCAAGCCUACUGCAAGCAGAACCUGGAGAUGAAUGUUACUGUUGAGAAUGUCCUACAGAUCUUGGAAGCAGCGGACAAGACCCAGGCGCUGGACAUGAAGAAGCACUGCCUGCACAUUAUCGUCCAUCAGUUCAUCAAGGUGUCCAAGCUCCCAAACCUGCGGUCUCUCAGCCAGCUGCUGCUGCUGGAUAUCAUCGAGUCCCUAGCCACCCACAUAUCAGACAAACAGUGUGCCGAGAUGGGCUCCGAUAUAUAACAGCUCUCCGCUCACUCGCAUCCUCCAUGUUCAGCCUGCUGGCACCCUCAGGUCAUUCCUCGCACCCCCUCCGCACCCUGCGUGCACUGUUUGUUGCUUUGUGGACGAGUGCACUUGCAUGAAAGGCGCCUCAUUCCUGCUCUCUGUGGCCCUCAUGAUAGACGCACAGCUUUCUCUGUUUAUUCCCUCAUUUGGUGCCUCAUUGUACGCUGUCUGUUCGAUGUACUACAAGGCAAAAAUGAAGGUCUCACUGAUUCAUUAGUCCGGCGAGCCGCAUCACAUGUUUGUAAUGUUUGUUUCUGUGAUUUAAGAGAAGUCUUUGAUUUAAGUGAGUGGUUUACUUAAGAAAAAUUCCAGUUAAAUGAUGGGUUAUCUUGAAAUGAGGACAUGUAUGUCAUCAUAUUAUGAGAGGUUAAAAUAUUUUCAGUAUUUUUUCAAUUUUCCCUGAAUGGCAUUUUUUUGAUUUAGAAUGAACACAGAUUUUAUGUUAGUGAAAGAUCAGGUAAAUCAAGUAAGAAAGUCGCAAGACGCUUAAGAGAAUCAUCUUAUGCCAUCUUGUUAGCAGUUUGUUUACAAAUAUUUCUCUAAUGAGAAAAAAGAACUGUUCUUGGAACUGUUACAUUUCUGCUACAUUAUUUGACCACACAAGUCACAAGUAUACCCUGUCUAUCAUACACUUAAUGUAUUCUUGGAUAUAUUCUGUUUGCUGUCGUUGGACACAAUGUCUUUAUGUUUAUCUUUCACAGUAUGUAUUUAGUCAUUACUUACUGGAAUACUGAAAUGUCAGUGAUGAAGCCCUCAAAUACUGUCAACCGGUGUCAUUGUAAUCAAGUAAUACCACUAUUAGAAGGAAAAAAAAAUCUUAUCUUUUUAUGUGUUUUGGUAACUUGUGUAUGAUUGUGUCACCUUACCAUGGUGAAUGUAUGGUCAUGUUAGCUUUAUGUAUUACAGUAUAUGCCUUAAUA